ACAUUUUCAAUCAAUUUUCAACUAGAAUAUACGAAUAUACAAUACAAUUUAUUAAUUUAUUGUACAAUUUAACUUCUUUUUAUGUGUGUGUGAUAGAAAUUAUUAUGAAAAGUGCAAAGAUAAACAUGAAAAAUAUCAAUUGAAGUUCGGGUCGGGUCUAUGAGAGAAAAAUUUUGUCGUCAAUCAUAUUUUUUUCUGGCCCCUUGCUACCAAUACAACACCAGCAACAACAACAAAAAGUGAAGAAAAAAGUUCGUAUGGUUCGUGGUUCGUUUUUUACGCCUGUGAAUAUUUGGUAGCAGCUUGAUCUCCAAAUAAGCAAUAAGCUUCUCGGUUGUAUUGGGCCUCCUUUAAACAUAGAAACCGUCGAAAUAACAACAGAUGUAAAAACAGAAAUAACCAAAAACGACGAUGAAAAAAUCAUGCUGUACCCGUGUCUAUUUUGCAUAGACAUAAAAUCCUGAAAUCCAAAAGAAUUACAUCAAAGCAUCAUCAUUUAGUGAAACAAAAGUUCGCCCAAAAGAAAAAAUAAGAAAAGGAGAAAGAAGUGAUAGAGAAAACAGUGUUACCGUCGCCACUAACACCAGCCACUCUAUCUACAAAAAAUAUUUGUGGCAAGUGCUGGGCAAAUUAUUAGUAUGUGGUAACGUGAUAUAUGACUAGCCAGUUGCCCAAUGAUCGUUUAUUGUUUUUAUUGUAUUUAAUAAGAAAAAAACAAACAUAAGUGGGGGAAAACAGCUUAAAAUAAAAUAACCUGCAAGCAAUCCACCUCUACGAAGAGUUGCCAUACAUAUUGUUUUUAGUGACAAAGAGGAAAGUGAAAAAUAACGUGAGGACGGAAAAGUCCAAAUAAUAAACAAAUGUGUACAUUAAAAGUAAAACUUCGCGUAGAAUUUUUUUCAUUGUUGCCACUUCAAAGUGUUGUUUCGAAUGACGUUUCAAUGCGAAAAUGGCAAAGUUGUGGUCAUAGAUUCAAAAUCUAGAUUUUUGGGUAUUCUCUGAGAAAAUUCUCCCACCCAAAAAACUUGUUGGAUUCAAAGUGAACGCAAUCAAUUGCGAAUGUAUACAAUAUAUUGGAGGGAAAGAAAAUUUUUUAGCGUUAUCUACUAAUUGUAUAAUUAGUAAAUAUAGGCGCUAGAAAACAUCAACAAAAAUUUUUAAAACAAUCAUCAAAACAACGCAGAAAGAUCCCCGUCAAGCGUGAUUGUCGUCGUGUGAUGAUAUGCAACUUAAACAGCAGCUUGAACCGUACAUGCGGAUAACAGUGCAAAUCCCUAAGGAUGCGGCGCAAAGGCUACGCCAACUGGCUACCGAGAGCAAUGCAACUUUACGGGCUCUCGGUAUUAGCUCCGUUCAACUAGAAGGGGAUUCUGUGAUAUCACUCAAUGUUGGUGGGCAGCAAGUCGAUGUCAAAACAUCAGACAUAUCAUCCGUUUUGGGUCAUGAGGCGUCAGGAACGUCUGUCAGUGGCAUUGAUGGUGGGGGCGGAGGCGAUGCUGAUAUUGGUGAUCUAUCGCAGCUACUCAAUGUGGGUGAUAUUGCUGGCUCUGCUACUGCAGGUACAAGUGGCGCAUUUGUACAGGUGUCACAACAAACCCCCGCCUCAUUGCUACAACAGCAACAGCGGGCUAAUGUUGGGCCAGGCCAGAUUGGAUUUGGCAAAAACAUGGGAACAUGCGAAACAAUGUCACUGCAGCAACAACAAAUGCUGCAGCAGCGUAGAAAUAUUAUGCUCGGUGGACCCAGUACGAGUAAUGCUGCAGUUAAACAACAACAGCAGGGCGCUUAUGGGGCCGCUGUAGGCCAGCAGCCACAGCAACAAGGUGUUUUCAAGUCACCAAACACAGUGUGUCCAAUGGAUGGCAAAGUUCCCGUGCCUCCAUUGCCAGUGGGGUCGGGAAGUUUUGGAAACGGCUCCAGAGAGUUUCCGUUUGAAAGUAUGCGCCAAGCUCGAGUUUUACAGGGACGUGAUAACGCCUUAAAUACUCCCGGACAAUCGGUACAAACACCAGGUGGCAUACCCCUAUCCGGUGGAAAACCAUCUGUUGCCUCGGGUAUAACACAACAACAACUGAUGGGUUCUUUGGGACCACCACCUAAUGUUGCCCUUAAGGUCAUAAAAAAUCCACACAGCGGUGAAAUGAUUACCACCACAAUUGGCUCCACAGGCAAAUCACAAUUCUUGCAGCCACCUCCUCCUCCAUAUCCGGGAGUGGGAAAUAUUAAUUCUCCGAAUUCUCCUGUUGCAGGUGGUCAAAUGGCAAAACCAGCUCCAAGUUAUUUACAUUCUCGUGUUGUGGCCUCAUCUAACACAGGAGCUGCACCUAAUGGAAUGCCGACAGUUGGUGCAGGUGGUAAUAAUGGGAAUAAUAUUGCAAUGUCAUCGCCGCUUUUGGUGAAUUUGCUGCAAAACGAUAGUAAUUCCAUGUCUUCGCAACAAGGGAACAACAUGAAGCAAUCACCAAUGACAUCACCACAACAACAGCAACAAUCAUUGUUGCACCAGCAGCAGCAGUCGCCAAUGAUGGCUGCCAUGAACAGUCCACAGCAACAUAUCAUGAAUUCACCCAUGAGAACUGCUACACCAGGUAUGGAUUACAUGAUGGCUCAGCAGCAGCAAGUUCAGCCACAACAACAUAUGUUGGCUGCUCCGGGAACUCCAGAUAAUGUGUUAAAUGUGCCUUCUUCGCCCACUGCUUCAAAUAACAUACGGAACAUUCAACAAGGACCACAGCAGGUUAUGGUAAGUCCAAGCAGUAGCAUGUAUGCCCAGCAACAACAACAACGUUUCCAACAGCAGCAGCAGAUGUCACCGCAACAAGCAGCCUUAUUGCGUCAGCAGCAGUUACAGCGCCAACAACAGAUGCAGGCUGCUGCGAGUGGUAUACCACAGCAACGCUUUAUGCAACAACAUUCGCCGCAGCAACAAAUCAUGCAGCAAACUAUGGGAACUAACUCCAUGUUAUUGGCGCAGCAACAACAACAGCAGCAGCAGAUGAGACAAGUACGUGUUGGAAAUUUGUCGCAGCAAACGCCACAAUCACCUUUGCAGCAGCAACGCUUAAUGGGCAUAACACCGGGACAACAGCAACAACAACAACAAUAUAUGUCCGUUAAUGCGGGUAAUAUGUCACCUGUGACAGCACAUUCGCCCGCGUCCAGUCACCAUUCGAUGCAUAGUCCUCAUAUGACACCACAUUCAUCUCAUCCACAACAGCAACAAAUACCAUCUCCUUCGACAACACCCGCCCAAUCUCCACACAAUGUGUCACAAAUUUCACAACAAUUGUUGCCACCACCGUCACCUUCGCCGGCGUUGGCGCAUAAUGCAAAUGCUGCUCCUCCCACCCCCACAACUCACAUUGUACCUUCUUCACCGUCUGCUACAUCCGCUGCGAAUGUUAGUAUACCUCCACCACCCGAUUAUAAUCAAGUGACAGCAGGUUCUGCCUCAGUAUCCAGAUGGCCGGCUGCUCUGAACAAGCCCAUGGACUCUGCAACCAAGAGUAGUUUUCAAGAGUUCACCCGAUACCAGAUGCAGUACAACUUGCAACAGCAGCAAACGCAACAGCAAGAACAACAAAUUAUUUCAAAUAUUGCAAACUCUUUACCAGGUGCUGCACCUUCUAAGUCCACAGACCUCAUGGGUAAUGUUAAUGCGGGUCAAUCAACAACAGCGGUUUGUGGCACUAACAGUGUGGUGGACGCGUCUUCUAUAGACCCCAAUAAUGUGGACGAAUUGACGGAACAAUUAAUUUCUCUAACGGGUCUGGAUGCGUUAACGACAAACGAUUUGGAUGCUCUUUUGCCUACAUUAAGCUGUGAUAUUGAUUCGUCAUUAAGUUUGGAUGAUAAGAAUGAGCUGGAGUCUUUGUUGCAAGAUGCGAAAGACCUAGAUUUGGAUUUGAUAGAGGGUAUGGAUAUAGAUGAAACGGCGGCUGCUGCAACUUCUCUAUUAGCAGGGGAUGAGCAAAUACCCCCAAAUGUAACUUUGGCAAUGGAGCAAAUGCAACAAUCGCAGCCAAUAGCGGUGCAGCAACCGCAACAACAAAACCAGCAGCAGCAUGUCCAGCAGCAAAUAAUGCAGCAGCCUAUGCAACUUCAAACACAACAGCAAAGACCAAUGCAACCACAACCACAACCGCAACAGCAGCAGCAACAAUCACAACCGCAACAGCAGCAGCAGCAGCAACAAUCACAACAUAUACUUCAACAACGGCUUCAACAACAACAAAUGCAACAACAGCAGCAACAACAACAAUCAAUAAACCAAAAUCCAGUGCCUCAGCAACAAUUUCUUAUGAAUGCAAGUCAGCAACAACAACAGCAGCAACAACAACUUCAGCGCCAAUUUAUGAUUCAGCAGCAGCAACAUUUAACCAGCUUCAACAAUUUAUCCUCCUCAUCCUCUUCGAACGCUCCUGCAUCUACUUUUAAUAGCUCCUCUAGUACAAGACCUCAGUCGCAACAAAAACAAUUUCUUAUUAAUCCUCUAACAGGCGAAUUGGAGCCUAGUCCAAGCGAUGAUAGUGAAACAGAGGCGGAACAGGAGACCCAAUUAACACCACAUGGUCUAGCAGCUAAUAAUUCCUCAAUGAAUACAACUUUUACAUCAAAUAACAGCGCCAACAGCAGCAUUUAUGACCUCUUACCCAAUUCAUCGCAUUUUUCCGAAGAUUCAAAUUCUAAUUCAUGUAGUACAGCAAUUUCGAAACUAUCUGCACUGGACCAUAAUAACAGCGGAACCCCUCUCCAUCUCGGCGCCGGCUCGGACACAGAACGUUCGAGGGACUCGUUAAUAUCGAAUAAGUCACAGAAAAGCAAAAAAGCGAAAACUGCUGUCACUUCUUCGGCUGGCGGUGGUGGGCCUGUGUCCAGCAGUUCCACGUGCAAUAAACCAGGUGAUAUGGGCUCGCCAAGAUCGGCAUCUUCCUCUCCUUCGGUUGGUGCAAUGAUGGCUGGCAGUGCGCCAAGUGCUAGUAAAAAAUCGAAAAACAAUUUACUUAGAGAUAAACUGCAGCAGGGUGUACGUGAAAAGAAGAGUAAAGAAGCGAAUGCAAGCACUCCAAAGCCUAAAAAGGAAAGGGCUAAGGCUGGCAGUAAAUCAAAAGCCGCCGGAGUAUCAGUCCAAGCCCAGCAGAAAAGCGCCAUUAGUACAACAAUUGCAAACACUAACGUCAAUACGGUAGUAUCGAAUCAUAACGCUCCUUCAAAAACGGGCCAAUCGAUGCUAAACGCUGAAAACGUUAGCAGUGGGCCUUCUUCAGCGACACUGCCAAAUAUUGGAGCGACCGAGAAAAUAAAGUUGCGUCUGAAAUUGGGCAAAUCAGAGCCGGCACCACCGGCUUAUAAAGUGGAUAAUUCCUUUGGCAAUGAUGCUGUUCAACAGCAACAGUCUCAACUCAAUGCUCAACUUUUAUCGAACAGUACUUUACAACAGCAACAACAACAACAGCAACAGCAAAUGUCAUCUGCUCAUGUUCAGCAAAAUCUGAAUUUUAGCAAUUCUCAGCAGCAACACCAGCAGCAGCAACAUCAUCAUCAGUUGCAGCAAAUGACAUCGCAAAAUCAGCCAUCUUCAAACCCGCCACCUCAGUAUCAAAUUCAUCAUCAAUCGACAACACAUCUGCAGGAAAAUACUUUUCCUCAAUCAUCAGCCGGUGUAAAUACAACAAACAGUUCGAUACCCUCCAAUAGCUCCACUACCACCACCCCUACUGAGGAGCCAAGAGUUCCGCCUUUGCAUAUAAGCCUACGCGGGGGCAAAAAUUCCAUUGUUAUUAAAAAUUCUCGCAAGGAGCGCAAGAAAGCCCAAAAUGCAAAUAAUGCCACCACGGAUGGCAGCAGUAUGGAUUCACUGGAAAACAAAACGAAAUCCCAGCUGAAACGAGCACAUAACACAACGGCUUCUGCAGCAGCAGUGGUUCCUUUAGCAAAUGAUGCUACUCAAAUGCCCUCCACAGAUGACACGACGAAUGUGCCCGAUGCAAAGCAGGCAAAAAUUGUACAGCAUGUUUUAAAAACUCAACAAAUGAAUGGUGCUUCGCCAACAUCUAACGACAUGCAGGGCAAAGUUUCCUUGGCAACUCAGCAUCAAGCCCAACAAGUUGUUAGCGGAAAUUCUGCUGCGGCUUUGUUAUCAGGAAAAAAUGGUCUCACCAUAAGUGCAAUGCAAAGCUUGGAGUCCCCAACUAGCAAUAAAUCGCAAACACUAAUGGAUUGUCAAGGCCUUGGCUCCAGCAACAUUGGUACUGUGACCCAUUUACCACCGCAACAGUUAUUGCAGCCUUCAACUCAGCAGCAAUUGGCCAAAAUUACGUCUCUGCCGAAUAGCAUUACCUUGAGUACCAUUACGAAUCCAAACGCUGCGAGUGGCUUGAGUGGAGGAGUGUCGUCGGGUAAUUUGCAAAUUAAACAUAAUCUUAAGACGACAGCCACGAUUACACCAAUUCAAGGAAAGCCUAUAACAAAAAACCAUAAACCACCGUCGUAUAUUACGGCGGUGCAACAAUUGCAGUUACAGAAGCAACAGCAGCAACAACAAUUAGCCGCUCUAGCAGAGAAACAGACUCAACAGCAAAUGAUUGCCGCAGCGGUAACAAUGUUACCGAGUGCUACUACCUUGAAGAGGGUUGAAAUAACUAAGGUCGAACGCAAAGAUGCCUCGGGAAAGGUAAUAGAACAUGUCUUGGUGAAAUCCAAUGAACCUGUAGCAACUAAUACGGCGACGGCGACGACGACGGCAGCCUCAACGACGACGGGUUCACCUUCAACUGGAUCGGCGACGACCACAACCGUAAUACAAGGAACAUCAACAACAAUAAAACCUACGCAAGUAAUAUCCACCUCCGUUAAUGCCAAUGCCAACACCAAUGCCACAAAUACAACAACAGCUUCGCAAACUGCAAAAUUGGACAUUUCAUCUGGGUCAGCAGUAAAUGCUAAGGAAAAAAUUACCAAUGCAGUCGCUGGAGAGAAAGCAACCACACCCAAUCAGAAUAAUACCAACAAUUCAAAUGUAAAUGCCAAUACUACUGCAGCGGUAACAACAACUGUUAGUGGAAGCGGAAGUAUUAAUAAUAUGAGUUACAGUUCAUCAGCAUCCCUUGUUACAACGUUAAGAAACUCACCCGCCAGCACAGGAGGUGGCACUCCAGCACACGCUAAUAGCACUGGCGGCGAGGAUAGCGGAAUUGAGUCUAUGGACGCUUUGUCCGAAAAGUCACCGCAUCAACUGACCUCAUGUAGUCCACAAUCCCUACAGCCCCAGAUGCCUUCAGAAAAGUUACCAGCGCAAUUGAUGGCGACUAAAGUGACCUCUGUUGAAAUACCAAAGACGAAUGAGGAUAUUACUCAAUUGCAUCUAGCCGAUGAUGAGAUUGAAAAAGAACUGGCCAAAAUGGAGGGCUUCACUGAAGAUGACCACUUGCUAAGCUCCUCCAAUGAUGGCAAAUUAAACGAUCCCACUAAGGUAAAUGGCGAUCGAACAAUUCUCUUUGAAGAUCACGUAAAAAAGGAUGGAUAUCACCACCAUCAUCAUCAUCAGAUCCAUGAUGAUGAUGAUGACGAAGAUGAUUUAAUAAAAAACCUAACAGCCAGCAUAAUAGAAGAACAUGAGGCUGGAGAAAAGGCAGCAAAAGAAAAAUUGGAGAAUGAGCUCAGAGAGAAGGAAAAAAGAGACAGUGACGCUAGGGAGAAGGUCAGGGAGGAAGUCUCAGUAAAAGAAGAUUCAUCAAAUCUAAACAAACCCCAAAAUAAUGACUCUAAAAGUAAACAAAUUUUAAAAGAGGAACUAUCACCUAAGGCUGAAAUAAACCACAACAACAAUUACGAUAAAGUGGUGGUGUUGUCGCUUGGAGAGAAAAAUACCUCAGAGUCUUGUGUUAAGCUGGAUGACACAACAACACCAGCAGAGGGUGGAGGAGAAACAGCAAAGGCUACUGCCAAUGCACUGGAGACAAAGGAGGAGUCAUCUGCAAAAUCAGAGCUAACCAUUAAUUUGACACCAAUAUCCAUAGAAAUUCCAACUCAUACAGAUGUAGACUCCCCACGUAUUAGAACUAGAGCUAGCAGUAGGCUAGGGAGUCCUAUGGACACUGCUAAAUCUAGUCCAUCUUUAGAGGUUUCUGUUGCCUCGACUACCCUUCAAAAUGCCACAAAGAACAAACAUCUCAUGGCUACCAAAUCCUCCAUACACGAACGAGUAGCUGUUAGCCCAAAGAUCAAUCAGCAGACAAACACAUCGUCAUCAUCAUCUACUAACACUUCAACAAAUCCUACGCCACCUUCGAAUUCUUCACCUGCAUCAUCUGUCACCAUCGUUCAACAACAACAGCAUCACAAUGCUAAUAAACGCAAGAGGCUGGAAUCAGAGAGUGGCGGUAAUGCUGCUAGUGUAGGUGAAACGGAUUCAAAACGUGCUCGCAGCGGCAGUACAAGUGGCAGCUGUGCUGCCAACAGUUCUACUCAGAACACAAGCGAAGCUAAUAAGAAAUCCGAUGAUGACAAUAGUACAAAGAAUUCUGCAACUGGUGUUGGAGGAGCCAAAAAGGCAGAGGAGUCAUCCGACUCCGAUGAACCCCUUAUUGAGGUUGCUGGGAAAGUAAGAAGUUCGAAAGCAGCAGCUGCUGGCAGCAAUGAAACAGCUAUUAACUCAUCAACUAACAACCAACAUACUAUUACAUCAACCACUAAUGCCACAACCAACCCCCUUUCGGUUGAGAGCAACACGGCGGAAAAGAUUACACGUAACAGUCGUUCUCAUCAGCAACACAAUAAAGCCUCAAACAGUACAGCAGUGAGCUCCACUGGUGGCAGCAAUAGCGACAGUACCACUAAUUCUCUAAAGGGCCUCAAAAAUGCCGCGCACCAAAAUAAUGGAAAUGCUGGUCAAUCUACUAAUAUUAAUACAACAACAUCAGCAGCGACAUCUGUGGCAGGCAGUAGCAAUAACACUAAUAGCGUUACCUCAGCAGCAGCAUCAGCAUCAACAAUAACAACAACAACCACAAAUUCAACACAUGCCACACGAGGCUCUACACAGGGGGCAAUGUCGACAACGGCAUCGGCCACCUCAAAUGCCACAACAACAAAUCAUACAACAGCAGCAGCUCCACAACCGCCCAGCAGCACCACAGCCAGUGGCAAUAGUCCAAGUGAUAACGAAAAAAUUGGUACACGUCGUAGUGUAAGAGCAUCAGCGGCCGCAAAUAAAAUGAUUUAUUCUAGGGGUAGUAACGCUAGCAAUGUGAAUGCUGCUGCCACCCAAAAUAAUAAUGAGGGCGCAGCAAAAACAACAGGAACAUCAAAGGCAGCAACUGUGCUGCCAAAUUCUGAAGCGGAAGCUCGACGAAAAACUCGUAGUGCUGUUAUUGGAGAAUCUUUGAUUACCGAAGGCCGCCGAAGAAGAGGAUCCAGAGACUAUAAGUGACCAUUGUCUUGCGCCUCGGCUUUACAAA